UCCCCCACAAUGCUUAAACUCUCCCUCUCCCCUCUCUUUUUAGACCCAAAAAAGAAACCAUGACCUCUAUUUCACACUACUCCUCCUCCAUCCUCACCACCCAAUUCCCUUUUCUUCUUCUUCUUCAAUAAAUAAAGCACCACUUGUUUGCUGUUUUCACUUAGGAUGAGUUCCAAAAUGCGAAGGAAACAGCAGAUGUGGUAUGUCCCGCAGCCAUUGACGCCGCUCAUGGAAUGGCCCGACAACGAAACCCAAGAAGAAGGGAACAAAAAAGAGAGCCAUUGGGAAGUCAUACGUGAAUGGUUUAGAACACCAAAAACCUCUCCUGCAAAUGGUUUUUCUGGUUCAUUGGAUGGAAACAUUCAGGCCAAGAGGCAAGAUUUAAAACUCUUGCUUGGUGUCCUAGGUUGUCCCCUCGCUCCAAUUCCCCUUGUCAACGAUCCCAUUGAUCGCCUCCACAUGAAAGACAUUCCUAUGGAAACUUCCAUUGCAAACUAUAUCAUAAAACAAUAUCUGGCGGCAACUGGAUGUCUGAAGCAAGGAAAGUGCGCAAAAACCAUGUACGCUAAAGGGAUGGUGAAGAUGAUUUGUUGUGAAACGGAGGUUUCAUCAGGGAAAAAUGUGAAAACCUUGGGGACAAGAAGUGGGGACAAUGGCUGUUUUGUACUUUGGCAAAUGUUGCCCGGAAAGUGGUCUCUGGAUCUUGUGGUGGGAGGAAAUCAGGUCAUCGCCGGUAGUGACGGGAAGAUUGUGUGGAGGCACUCGCCUUGGCUCGGCACUCAUGCAGCCAAAGGCCCCCAACGCCCACUGCGCCGUAUCAUACAGGGCCUAGAUCCGAAAACAACAGCCAGCUUAUUUGCUAAUGCCCAGUGUUUGGGGGAGAAACAAAUUGGGCAUGAUGACUGCUUUGUCCUAAAAGUAUGCGCCGAUCGAGCAGCUGUCAUGGAAAGAAGCGAGGGCCCGGCUGAGAUAAUCAGGCAUGUAUUGUAUGGCUAUUUUUGCCAAAAGAGUGGCCUCCUUGUAUACUUGGAGGAUUCCCACCUCACCAGGGUACAAACCCCAGAAAAUGAAAUUGUGUAUUGGGAGAUCAGCAUUGGAAGUAGCAUUGGUGACUACAGAGAUGUGGAUGGUGUGCUAAUUGCUCAUCAAGGAAGGUCCAUUGCCACAGUUUUCCGAUUUGGAGAGUUGUCCCAGCAGCAUAGUAGGACAAGAAUGGAAGAAGUUUGGACCAUUGAUGAUAUUGUUUUCAAUGUUCCGGGGCUUUCUCUGGACUACUUCAUCCCUCCUGCUGAUAUCGUCCAUAACAUGCACUCCCCAUAAUUAACUAACAAAAUUUAGGAUGUUUUUCCUGAUCUUCUCUUAUGUUUUUUGUCCUAAUCACAAUAUUGGGGGGUUGAGGGUGUAAUUUUUCACUUAAAUGUGUUUAGAAUAGUAGGGGGAUGGUUACGAUUUCCAGUUAUUAUGCUAAAAUGAGCAAUUUAAACAGUGGAAGGAAUAAAGGGGUUUGGUGUUUUUUUUUUUUUUUCUUUCUUUUGUAAGUAGGGGGGUUGGUGUUUCUAAUGCAUUGUUAUUAAGAAAAUGCCUUGUGCUAAAAUUGCAUUCAUAUUUCCAAAAUUUUCCGUUUGUUUUGCUGCUAAAAAUGUAACAACGAUACAUCAUGUGGAGAGCCCCUAGAUCGAUCUGCAAACCGACUCCUACGGUUCAGUUUAAUUUGGUGCCUAGACCAAAGAUUGAAACCUAGCGCUAUCAGUCCUUCUCAAAUUGGGGCCGCAUGUAUUCAUUGACCAUCUAAGGGUCGUGACGAUUGGUGGCAAACAGUACUACCAGCUCGAUCGAUUAUCAUCGAAAGAUAUCUCUCCUUUGUUGCAGUAGUUUAAUGAUAUAUAGAAACUGAUCUGAAGCUUAGAUCUGUCUAAAAGAGUGUGACUUGUUACUCAAUAUGUAACUUGAACUUAUCUUGAU